UAAAAUCAUGAGCUACUACAGCGGCUACUAUGGAGGCCUGGGCUACGGCUAUGGCAGCAGCUUUGGAGGCCUAGGCUGUGGAUGUAAUAGCAUCCGCAGACUGGGCUGUGGCUCUGGCUAUGGAGGCUAUGGAUAUGGCUCUGGCUAUGGAGGCUAUGGAUAUGGCUCUGGCUAUGGAGGCUAUGGAUAUGGCUCUGGCUAUGGAGGCUAUGGAUGUGGCUGCCGCCGUCCUUCAUGUUGUGGAAGAUAUGGGUUCUCCAACUUCUACUGAGUGAAUUGUUGAAAUUAGAAGUAAACAUGGGACUUGGAAAUACUUGUCAUCCUGUUUUUUGCUCUUAUUUCAGAGAAAUAUGAAUUUCAUUUUCUCUGACAUCAAUUUAUACAAUUUUGGAAUGUUUAAACAGCUUCUUUGAACAUUUCGUAUCUUUAACCUCUACAACCCAUUACCAAAAUGCAUAUUUAAUAUGAAUAAAAUUUUAAUUUGCUC